AGGAGGAGGAGGAGAAGAAGGCGGAGAGGAAGAGACGCCCCCUCUGCCCGAAAUCCUUCCAGGCCCUGACCUCAGGAGCCAGGGCACUGACAGGACAGGAGAGCCAAGUUUCUCCACUUGGGCUGCCCGAAGAGGCCGCGACCCUGGAGGGCCCUGAGCCCACCGCACCAGGGGCCCCAGCAGCACCCCGGGGGCCUAAAGCGACAGUCUCAAGGGCCAUCGCAAGGUUUCCAGUUGCCUAGACAACAGGCCCGGGGUCAGAACAACAACCCUUCCAGCCACCUGCCUCAACUGCUGCCCCAGGCACCAGUCCCAGUCCCUGCGCGCCAGCCAGCCCAGGUGACAUGCCGGUCCCCAGGCCCCGGCCCUGGCGGGGGAGCACGCUGAAGCGCACGGCCGUGCUCCUGGCCCUCGCGGCCUAUGGAGCCCAGAAAGUCUACCCCUUGGUGCGCCAGUGCCUGGCCCCGGCCAGGGGUUCUCAGGCGCCCGCCAAGGAGUCCACGCAGGAGGCCUCCGGGGCCAAGGCCGGCAUGAACCGGGUAUUCCUGCAGCGGCUUCUGUGGCUCCUGCGGCUGCUGUUCCCCCGGGUCCUGUGCCGGGAGACGGGGCUGCUGGCCCUGCACUCGGCCGCCCUGGUGAGCCGCACCUUCCUGUCGGUGUAUGUGGCCCGCCUGGACGGAAGGCUGGCCCGCUGCAUCGUGCGCAAGGACCCGCGGGCCUUUGGCUGGCAGCUGCUACAAUGGCUCCUCAUCGCCCUCCCUGCUACCUUUGUCAACAGUGCCAUCCGCUACCUGGAGGGCCAGUUGGCCCUGUCGUUCCGCAGCCGUCUGGUGGCCCAUGCCUACCGCCUCUACUUCUCCCAGCAGACCUACUACCGGGUCAGCAACAUGGACGGGCGGCUUCGCAACCCUGACCAGUCUCUGACAGAGGACGUGGUGGCCUUUGCGGCCUCUGUGGCCCACCUCUACUCCAACCUGACCAAGCCACUCCUGGACGUGGCCGUGACUUCCUACACCCUGCUUCAGGUGGCCCGCUCCUGUGGGGCCGGCACAGCCUGGCCCUCAGCCAUCGCUGGCCUCGUGGUGUUCCUCACGGCCAACGUGCUGCGGGCCUUCUCACCCAAGUUUGGGGAGCUGGUGGCAGAGGAGGCGCGGCGGAAGGGGGAGCUGCGCUACAUGCACUCGCGUGUGGUGGCCAACUCGGAGGAGAUCGCCUUCUAUGGGGGCCACGAGGUGGAGCUGGCGCUGCUACAGCACUCCUACCAGGACCUGGCCUCGCAGAUCAACCUCAUCCUUCUGGAACGCCUGUGGUAUGUCAUGCUGGAGCAGUUCCUCAUGAAGUAUGUGUGGAGCGCCUCAGGCCUGCUCAUGGUGGCUGUCCCCAUCAUCACCGCCACUGGUUACUCAGAGUCAGCUGCAGAGGCCGUGAAGAAGGCAGCCUUGGAAAAGAAGGAGGAGGAGCUGGUGAGUGAGCGCACAGAAGCCUUCACUAUUGCCCGCAACCUCCUGACAGCGGCUGCAGAUGCCAUUGAGCGGAUCAUGUCGUCGUACAAGGAGGUGACGGAGCUUGCUGGCUACACAGCCCAGGUGCACGAGAUGUUCCAGGUGUUUGAAGAUGUUCAGCGCUGUCACUUCAAGAGGCCCAAGGAGCUGGAGGACGCUCAGGCGGGGUCUGGGACCAUAGGCCGAUCUGGUGUCCGCGUGGAGGGCCCCCUGAAGAUCCGAGGCCAGGUGGUGGAUGUGGAGCAGGGGAUC